AUGAAAAUCACACUUGUCUUCGCUGCAUUGUUCUUUCUGGAUUUCUUCUCUUCCUCUCAUGUUUAUCCACAACAUCCCUUGCCUGACAUAGAAGAUGCAAAGUUCAUUGAAGACUGUGUGAGAGCUCACAACACAUUUCGAUCCAAAGUGAAUCCACCAGCCAGCAAUAUGUUCCGCAUGUCCUGGGACGCUGCUUUAGCUAAGACUGCAAAAGCAUGGGCAAGGAAGUGCAAGUUUAAGCACAACAUCCACCUUAAAAUGCCAGGGAAGAUGCACCCCUCUUUUACCCCUGUUGGAGAAAACAUCUGGACUGGCACAGCUACCAUCUUCUCUGUGGAUAAAGCUCUCAGUGACUGGUUUAAUGAAUUCAGCAGCUAUGACUUCAACACCAACAGCUGUACUGACAUGUGUGGUCACUAUACCCAG